AUGACCACACAGCGGGAAAAUGAGAAUUCGGACACCCCUGAAUACGAGCUCUUGCCAACGCAGACCGACGCGGACGACAAUCCGACUCCACCACCGAUGGUAUCUGAAGAUAUGGAAGAAAAUCGCCAAGGAGACACAAUGGCCCGGCAUGCAGCCCUGAUAUUCUCAUCGAUAGUCGUCGCCGUCACCUGGACUAUUACCUUGACCAGCAGGCCUUCUGGUUGGUUCGCCUUGCACCCCCCUCUCCAGAGUCUAGCACUCCUUCUGUUCACAUUUGGUAUUAUCACCCUUCAACCUACCAAUAAGCCGAAAACUAAAGCCGCUGGCCUGGCACGCCAUCAAAUUUUCGUUCUUCUGCUCGCUUUUCCGGUCAUGAUUUUUGGCACUUUCGCGGCGUGGUACCAUAAAUUCCUUCGAGAUGCACAUCAUUUCAAAAGUUGGCAUGGGAUUAUAGGUGUUAUCUCGAUGCUAUGGCUUAUAUUCCAGGUCAUUCUAGGAGGGGGUAGUGUCUGGUACGGAGGUUGGUUGUUUGGCGGUGACAUGAAGGCAAAGGCCUUGUGGAAAUUUCAUAGACUUUCUGGCUAUCUUCUUUUCCCGGUCCUACUCUUCACUGCACACCUAGGUGGUGCUUGGUCCUCGUGGGGCGCCAAACAUACCAUCUGGAUUAUUCGUUUCGUUGCCUACACCAUUGCGCCAUUGGGCGUCCUGAUAGGCGUUUACACUCGCAUUAGGUUUGUUUUUGAGUUUGAACAAGCAGUGCCGAAGAUUGACUAG